CUGGUUUAGGGAUUCGAAGCUGACGGGCCCUGGCUAGUGCAAUUCCGCUCUCCCCUGCCGAAAUAGCUCCGUGCAACUGCAACUCGUAUCAAAAGUAUUCAUCAUCUUCAUUAGAGCUCUGAACCUUCGUAAGCAUCAAGGCAGGCUGUCGGGAAUUGGCCGAGUCCUAGUGCGUCACCAAGGAGCCAGGGGCGGUUCUCGUGUGCUGGGCAUAACAGAUCUUUGUGGACUAGCGUACGCGCUGUGCGGACCAUGACCUGGUCGCUUGUCAAGACGGAGGGCUUGGCUCCAGCGCCGCGAGGGGCAUGCUGCUGCGUGGCGCUGGGAACUCAGGUGCUGGUCUUCGGCGGGGCCGACCGCGUGCCGGUCUCGUUCAGCGACCUGUGGGUUCUGGAGACAGAGGGCGGGAAGUAUGAGUGGACGCGCAUUACCCCUCUCUACGCUCCAGGCUGCAAGGUGAUGCCGCGCUCGGGUGCCACCAUGACGGCAGUGGGUGACCUCCUGUACCUCUUCGGCGGCACGGAGCCGGUCAGCAACGUCAUCUUCAACGACAUCAAAGUGCUGGACCCCAAGACCUGGACCUGGUCGGACGUGGAGGUGACCGGCACGCGCCCGCCUGAACGGCACUCGCACUCCACCGGCUGCCUAGCCGACACAUGCCUGCUCGUGUACGGCGGCGCGGGCUACCAGGGCCCCAUGAGCGACGUGUGGAUCUUCAACACGCUGCAGAACGGCUGGACGCGGCCCAACGUGUCCGGCGAGCAGCCGCCGGCGCGUGAGAUGCACACCGGCGUCAUGGUCGACCCCACCACGCUGCUCAUCUACGGCGGGAGAGGCGCGGAGUUCAAUGAUGAUGAGGAUGAUGAUACCGGACCGGCUUCAUACCACCACUCAGAUGGGGUGCUGUGCGAUGCCGCCCUGUUUGACGCCAAGGAGAUGAAGUGGACGUCCAUCGAGCCCACGCCCUUCUCGCGCUGCGCACACAGCGCCGUGGUCGUCCCCGGGGCGCCCGCGUCGGCGUCAGCGGCAGGCGGCAGCACGGAGGGCGGCGCUUCUGGCAAGGCCGAGGAGGGCGCGGAUGCGGCGGCCGGCAGCGGCGGCGCCGCCGCAACUAGCAGCGGCGGCGACUGCCGCGUGCUCAUAUACGGCGGCUACAGCGGUGAGGCCGUGGAGGGAGACGUGCUGCAGAUAGACCCGCGCUCGCUGGAGAUAGAGCUGGUGCGGCGGGGGCCGCGCGAGUCCGACAAGGACGGCACCGUGCCAGACAUCCGCUUCGCGCACAGCGCCGUGGUGGUGCCGGUGGCGGGCGGCUCGGGCGCGGGGUCAGCACACGCCAUGGUGGUGUUUGGCGGCGUCAACCCCGGGGAAGACCUGAACGACGUCGCGGUGUGGGCCGAGUAGCUGGGUUACAGCAUAUGCCCGAGCCCAACGAGUCGGGGUUGAGAGAGCGGCAUUGAAGGACAUCCAGCCAGCCAGCCAGCCAGCCAGCGAGGUUUGGCUGUGUACAAAUCGGCUGUGCACUGCUGGGGAUGCUGGCUGCCUGGCCGGGAACAGAUGUUGAAGCGCAGUUGUCGAGCAUGGGCAGUUGUUGGAAGCGCUGAGUGUGUGUGUGUGUGUGUGUGUGUGUGUGUGUGUGUGUGUGUGUGUGUGUGUGUGUGUAUGUGUGUAUGUGUGUAUGUGUGUAUGUGUGUGUGUGUGUGUGUGUGUGUGUGUGUGUGUAUGUGUGUGUGUGUGUGUGUGUGUGUGUGUGUGUGUGUGUGUGUCACUACGUCCAUUGGUGUUGGCCGUGUAACAUGUUGCACAGAUUUCCAUGCGUGCCGAGGGAGUAUGAGAACUUGGAUAAUGGGCUGCACCCACCCUGUCAUCCAGCCUUUCACCAAGCCUGUCAUCCAGCCUGUCACCCGGCGCUGCCGCUACAGCUGCUGUGCAGCAGGGCGGCGGGGGAGGUGUGCGAUGGGACAGGGGUUAGGCAGGUUGGCGAGGUCCCGUAGGGUGCAGCUGACGCCCAUACCCGGCGGGGGAGGUGGAGAAGGACGCAGGCGCGCGUCCGGUGCAGCCGCUGUGCAGCAGAACGGCGGCGCACAUGGCUAGAUAGACAGCUGUGCACACGCCGUCCGGAUAAGUUCGUCGACGAGGGGAGGCCGCUUCGGCGGCCGAUAGCCCCCAUACACCCCUCCAAACGCAUAGGGCGAAGGCGAUCCCGUACGCCCGUCACUGGAUGGUCCGCUCCAUGCGGGUGGAGCGCGGCGCCUGCACGAGAGGUGGAGGGGGGGCCUGAGGCUUCGGCGGCUGAUAGCCCCCAUACAGCCCGCCACCGACACCUAGUGUCUAAACGCACAGGGCGAAGGCGGUCCCGUCACUGGAUGGUGCGAUGGUGGUCGCUCCGUGCGGGUGGGGAGCGGCGCCUGGGCGAGGGGGGGGGGCGCAUGAGAUGUGCUGAUGGCAUAGGUGUGCCCCCACGGUGUGCCCCUCUUCCAGGCUGUUAGGUAGGCUGCCGCACUGGAACGAGGGUACGAGGGCGGCACUGGUCGACCAGUGCGAGGGGGCACGACGGCAUGUGAAGGCGGAAGGCCAUGGGGUUGCGCACAGGUCUGGAGCGUCUUAUGCUGUUGGGCGUGCUGAGAGUCAAUGAGGAUGAGAAGGCUGGUUCACGGAUU